AUCAUAAGACCCGGGGUCGAAGCGUCCGUGUCUCAUCGUUCGGCUGCAGCGUCCCAAAGCUCCCCGUUGUCGACCAUCUGAUUCUGCCGGGACUUUGGUUGCCUCGGUAGCCUACCUUGGGCUAGGACCAUGUCCCGCAACUGCGGUCUUACUCUCCCCCUCCUCACUCGGGGUUCGGCCUUUGCUCUGCUCUGCCUUUUAUUGGGAACUCUUGAGCUCAAUGCAUUGGAUGUUACUCUGAACAACUUUCAGGAUACCGUUUGCCUGCAUGCUGAAUGGCAGAUGAAUUUCACAAUAAAAUAUGAAACCGUAAAGUCUGGUCCCAAAACCGUAUCAGUUCAGGUCCCUACCAACGUAUCAUACAGUGGAAGUGAUUGCGGUACUGUUAACAAUAUCUCCCAAAUUCAAGUCCGAUUUGGAGCCAGUUUCUUUUGGAAUGUGAACUUUACCAGAGAGAAAUCCACUUAUUUCAUUGACUCCAUCUCCUUUUCCUAUAACACCAGUGAUAACGACACAUUUCCCGAUGCUAAAGAGAAAGGAGUAUUUACCACCAUUUUUGAAAUCAACACAGUUGAAAUUCCAUUGGGUGAUAUCUUUAGGUGUCAUAGUGAAAUUACAGUAAAACAGGAAAAUGUCACCCACACCUACUGGGAUAUCUUUGUACGUGCUUUUAUCCAGAACAACACAUCCGACUCACAAGAAUACGUCUGUGAUGAUGAUGAAUUCCUGACCACUGUAUCAACAAUUAUCCCUGCUACUGUGCCCGUUCCUACUACCAAACCUGUCCCAGAAGAAAAACCCUUUCCUGGUACCUAUUCUGUUAAAAAUGGGAGUGCUGUCUGUCUCUUGGCCACCAUGGGACUUCGUCUGAACAUCACCAAAGAUAAGGUCACUUCAGUUUUUAACAUUAACCCCAAUACCACGGAUUAUAACGGCCUGUGUCUUAAGGAAUCUGCCAUGUUGUGGUUGAACAACAGUGCCAUUGACUCUCUUGAAUUUCUGUUUGCUAUAAGAGAUGAAAACCGGUUCUAUCUGAAAGGGGUGAAUAUCAGCUUGCCUUUUGUAAAAGGUUCUGGGUUCGUUGCUGGCAAUAACAACCUUACCUGUUGGGAUGCCCCAUUAGGAAGCUCUUACAUGUGCAAGAAGGAGGAUGUCAUUGUAGUUUCUGAUUCAUUUAAAAUAAAUACUUUUGAUCUAAGAGUACAGCCUUUCAACGUGAUGGAAGGAAAGUAUGCCACAGCCCAAGAAUGCUUUGCUGACUCUGACCUGAACUUUCUUAUCCCAAUCGCAGUGGGUGUGGCCCUUGGCUUCCUUAUAAUUCUUGUCUUUAUCUCCUAUAUAAUUGGAAGAAGGAAAAGUCACACUGGCUAUCAGUCUGUGUAAUCACUUCAUCCUUCAUUGGCUUUCAUUUCUAACCAACCAAAGUUAACGUGUUUGCUACAUGGUGCGCUAGUUGUUGUUCUAGAGUCAAAAUUUCUUCCCUCCCGUGAGUUUACUAACCAGCUUUCAUGUGAGCGAGCCUUGUCCAAAACCAGAUGGGUUCUUUCCGUCCAAGCUGGAAUGUAAUUACUGAAGGAAAGAUUUGCUCCUUUAAAACAUUGUCUCUUAUGGAUCUUGUGGCUGGAUGUAUUCUCCAGUAUGGCAGAGCCCAAACCAUCCAUGCAUGACUCUUGUCCAGGUCCCUCGGCCAAUCUCGAGGGAGUCCGCCCAACGUGCCCAGGGCCUCCUGGCUCUCGCCGUUAGGCAACACUAUCCCUUAUCCCUCGUUCUUGCUGGAUACUCAGCCCGUCUCCCUUUCCAAUCCUCUAUCUCUUCCAUUUCCUCUUUUACACAGCUUUGUGCAUGUCACUCAUCGUUCCCAAUGUGCUGUGGCCCAUUUCUCCCCACUCUGUGUCUGUCUCUCCAUUCCCUUUUGGCUGACCCUCAAUUCUGAUUCCUUGGAAACUGAUUGAUGACAUGCUUUACUAUCAUAGCGCAUCGGUAUUCAGAAGAUGGGGUUUUAUUUCAGGGAGAAGCUUGGAGUCAUCGAAAGCUGGCACCAUCUCCCAAAUUUGAUCCAGGGGCUUAAAUGCAGAUUUAAGCUCUUAAGUCAAUUUCUCAACAGGCUUUUUUUAUUGAAGUUUUUUUUUUUUACUUUCAAAGUAUAUGCAAGGAUAAUUUUUCAACACUGACCCUUGAAAAACCUUGUGUUCCCAUUCAACGGGCUUUUAUUAAGCACUUACUAUAUGCCAGGCAAUGGUGCUAGGCUAGUGAUGCAAAGAAAGGCAAACAAAUCCGUCCAGAAACUUACGUUCUAAUGGAUCAGAUUGUUAAUGAUGGAAGGGACCUUCAAAGGUCAUUGAGUCCAGCCUUUUCAUUUUACCAGAGGGGAUACUUAAGCCCACUGAGAGGAAAUGAGCCAGUGUGGGAUGGUAUAAAGAGGACUGGAUUUGGAGUUAAAGGAAGUGGGUUCAAAUCCCACCUCAUAUACUUACUAGUCAUGUGUAUUUGAAGCAAAUCAGUUCACUUUCCUAAGUCUCAGUUUCCCUAUAUGUAAAAUGAGGGGGCUGUAUCUGAGGAUCCUUUAAAGGGAACGUUUCACAGUUCUACUUAAAUCUUGCUACUUUUCCCAAUGCACUUUGACAUUUCCCUCUCCACAAUGAAGAGGAGUGUUGUUAUUGAAUUAAGUUACUGCAGAAAGAGACGGAAUCUUGGCAAUUUCUCUGAUUUCAGACUUUAAAUUUAGUCCACGGCAAUGAUUCUCUCCAUACCCCCAAGAAGAUCAUUGUUAUUUUUCCAUUAAUGGAAUCUUGACCACUAUAUUAUGAUUGAGAGCAAAAGCCCGGCUGUUUUCUUUCUUACUAUGACCUGCUAGCUGUUGAUUAUUAUUGUUUUUAAAUAAACAUUACGUUGAUUGAUGAUCACCUUCUCUAAGAAGGAAAAUUGUGCCCCACUGAAUAUAGAAUAAAUUGAUUAUCUCACAUUUUGACCCCUGGGUAGAAUGAUAAAUAAAGAAUGACCUUUUUCAGUUUUUUAAGAGUUAUGUUUUGUAGGGAGGCAGUCUGUUUCCCUGGAAUGCCAAGUUACUCAGAAAGCUAAGUCCCCUUCUCUCAAUUCAUAUAGCGACUUGUGUGUUAUAAUUCUUUGUGAUUAAAUAGUUGUUUCAUUGAGGACUUUUUUGUUUGUUUGCAUGUGUUUUGGUUUCUUUUUUCUAAGCAGCUAGUGCUAAUCCCAGGGAUGACAUGCUCUGUAGACUGUCCUCAUUUUGAAUGUCCUGGAAAUUUGUUUCACUUGAUAGAUAUAUCCCUAUGGCAAGCCCAUUUGGCACCAGCCUUGGGGGGAAGGUACUCCCAGCCUCAUAUUUGCUUUACCGAUGGAGUGUCACAUUAUCCUUAUGUUUCCCUCGCCUUAAUCAUCACGAUGGGCCUGUGGUCUCACUUCUGCUAUUGUACAGAACACAUCCCUUUCACUUCUUGGAAUGUGCAGCUCUUGUCUGUAUCCUCCCAUAAAUCCCCAACCACGUGCAAAUUUGUAGAGCUUUGGAUGCUUUUUUAAGUGUACUCUCCCUUCUAGUGACACUGGCGCAAGGUUUCAUUUCCCACCUCCAAGCCUUUGCAUCUGCUGUCUCCCAUGGCUAUAAUGCACUCCCUCCUCACCUUCACCUCUUGGAAUCCCAAGCUUCCUCCUGAGCACAACUCAGGUGCCACCUGAGGCCUUUCCUGAUGCUGCCCCCCCCAGUUAUUAGUAUUCUCCUCUUCCUAAAAUUACUUUGUAUGUACUUCAUAUUUAUCUCUGUCCAUGUUUAUCUCUUCCCAGUAGAAUGUACGCUCCUUGGGGGGCAGAGGCUGCUUGUUUUUUUUGUCUUUGUAUCUCCAGUGCUUUAGAAUAGUGCCCGGCACACUGUAGGUGUUUAAUAAAUGUUGAAUUGAAUUACA